AUGAAGUCAGAUUUCAAGUUUUCUAAUCUACUGGGUACGGUUUACCGCCAGGGAAAUAUAAUCUUCUCACAAGACGGUACACAGCUAAUUUCUCCUGUUGGAAAUAGAGUGUCAGUCUUCGACCUGGUAAACAGUCGUUCUUUCACGUUCGAGUAUGAGCAUCGCAAGAACGUAAGAUGCGUGGCUUUGAAUCCUCAAGGUACCCUUCUGCUAUCUGUCGACGAGGAUGGUAGAGCAAUACUCGUAAAUUUCCGAGCCAAAACAGUGCUACAUCAUUUCAACUUCAAAGAACCCGUAAGUGCCCUCCAAUUUUCGCCAGACGGCUCUCUGUUCGCUCUUGCCUGUGGUCGAUUUGUACAAAUUUGGAAGACUCCCGAUGUUGCCGAAGACCGGCAGUUUGCGCCGUUUGUGCGUUACAGAGUCCAUGCAGGCCAUUUUUCCUCGAUUUUAUCCCUAACAUGGUCGCGAGACUCGCGCUUCCUACUAUCUGCGUCAAAGGAUCUCACGGCACGUAUCUGGUCUUUGGAUUCAGACGAAAAAAACCUAGCAGCAACCACGUUUGCCGGUCAUAGGGACUACGUUAUGGCAGCCUUCUUCUCUGCUGAUCAAGAACGCAUCUAUACCGUCAGUAAAGAUGGAGCCGUAUUUCAAUGGGAAUAUACUUCGAGGGAGGAGCCUGAUGGAGAUCAGGAACCAGAUCCAGCUUCCUACAGUUGGCGUAUAACUAAAAAAAGUUACUUCUAUGCGUCGCAGGCUAAAGUCAAGUGUGUAACCUUUCACGCAAAUUCAAACAUGUUAGUUGUUGGAUUCACCAAUGGAGAAUUCAGACUCUACGAACUACCAGAGUUUACUCUGAUCCAACAGCUCAGCAUGGGCCAAAAUGCAGUCAAUGCAGUCUCAGUAAACCAGACGGGCGAAUGGUUGGCAUUUGGCUCCAGUAAACUUGGCCAACUCCUGGUCUACGAAUGGCAGUCUGAAUCCUACAUACUGAAACAGCAAGGUCACUUCGAUGCUACGAACGCGCUCACUUAUUCUCCAGAUGGGUCUCGUGUUGUUACAGCUUCUGAUGACGGUAAGAUAAAGAUAUGGGAUGUAGUCUCUGGGUUUUGUCUUGUAACAUUUCAAGAGCACACAGCAGCUGUCUCUGGUUUGGCUUUUGCGAAAAGAGGACAAGUAUUGUUCUCGUCGUCGUUGGAUGGCACUGUGAGAGCCUGGGACCUUAUUCGUUACCGUAAUUUUAGGACAUUCACUGCCGCUGAGAGGAUUCAGUUCAACUGCUUAGCCGCAGAUCCUUCGGGCGAAGUCGUCUGUGCUGGCUCUGUUGAUAGUUUUGCUAUUCAUGUUUGGUCUGUUCAAACGGGCCAGCUGGUAGAAACUCUAGACGGCCAUGAAGGACCAGUAUCGUGCCUCUCAUUCAGUAAUGAAAACAGUGUUUUAGCCUCAGCCUCUUGGGACAAAACGAUCAGAAUCUGGUCGAUCUUUGGUAGAUCCCAGCAAGUGGAGCCCCUAGAGGUUUACGCUGACGUCUUAUCGAUUUCCAUGAGGCCCGAUGGUGGCGAGGUAGCUGCAGCAACACUUGAUGGACAGAUUCUCUUUUUUGAUGUGCACGAGGGUAAGCAGGUGAAUGCUAUUGAUGGUAAAAAGGAUAUUAUCACAGGUAGGCAUUUAGAGGACAGGUUCACCUCGAAAAACUCAGCAAGGUCGAAGUACUUUACCAGUAUUGAUUACAGCUUUGAUGGUCUUUCCUUAGUAGCUGGUGGUAACAACAAUUCCAUAUGCCUUUAUGAUAUCUCCAACAGUGUUCUUCUCAAGAGGUUCAUUGUUUCAAGAAACAUGUCUCUUAACGGUACUCUACAAUUCUUGAAUAGCAAAAGAAUGACUGAGGCUGGGUCCUUGGACUUGAUUGAUCGCGACGGUGAGAAUUCCGAUCUAGAAGACCGCAUAGACAAUACGCUACCGGGUUCAAAUAGAGGUGGUGACCUAUCGACAAGGAGAGUAAGACCUGAAGUCAGAGUCACUGGUAUAAAAUUCUCUCCCACGUCAAGUGCGUUCGCUGCCUCUUCUACAGAAGGAAUUCUAGUAUACUCAGUUGACGAAACCCUUCUUUUCGAUCCAUUUGAUUUAGACGUUGACACAACCCCUCAGGCUGUAUCUGAAGCGCUUCAAGAGAGAGAAUUCUUAUAUGCUUUGGUUAUGGCCUUUAGACUCAACGAAGAGUAUUUGAUCAAACGCACCUACGAAUCAGUACCGCUGAAGGACAUUGGUUUAGUCAGCAGUGGACUACCGGUUGUGUAUCUUGCUCGCAUGCUCAAGUUCAUCGGAGACUUUUCAAUGGAAUCGCAGCACCUCGAAUUCAACUUGAUAUGGGUAAAAGCUUUGCUAUCUGCCCAUGGUCGCUACAUUUCGUCUCAUAAACAAGAUUUCGGCUCUUCACUGCGUGCUGUACAACGUUUUAUUGGUCGUAUCGCUAAAGAUGUGGUAUCUGCAUCCAAAGACAACAAGUACGCAUACUUUUUCCUAACAUCUACGGACGGCUCAACCAAAAAUCAAGAGUCGGACGAAGAUGAGACUGCAAGUAUCGAAUUUUCUAAUGGCGCAGCUGAAGAUGAUGAAUCGGAUGAUGAAAUUAUGCAAGAUGCGUCGGACGAUGAAGGGUGGGUUGGAUUUUCUGAUUCCAAGAACAAGUCACUUCCAUUCGAAAAAGACCAAGAAUCAGACGAGGAACUCAUUUAA